GAGCUAAGGCGUUGUGCUAGAUACAGAGCAUGACCUUCGGUUAAGAGGGGUGGAAUAAAAGCUUGAGUUAAUGCCCUUCCUGAGUGCGCUCACUACCACGCAAACCAAAAAGGAAAUCUAUUGAGUGUGAGCUAUGUGCUUGCGAGAGGAAAGCUCUCUAAUAAGAAGGAACGUGACGUCGUAAGUCAGGUCGAGGAGGAGGCUGACGGCGGCCAUUUGUCAUCCUCGAAUCCUCAGCGAGAACAAAAAUAAACAAAUGACAUGAAAUGAUACAACAUGCGAUGACUUAUUCUUAAGGGAACUUUUAAAGUUGUAACAGGAGAAUGUAUGGCAGCCUUAAUGACAUAUUUACCCGACCAUAGGGUCCUAAGUAUGUGAGGCAAGGCAGCCACUGGUCCCACCCUUAACUAUUAACCCUGAACAUGACCACAGUGUCAGCAUGCCUCCAUAACCAACAGGGCCACUGUGGAUCAGCUCCCCGUCCACUAGCCCCUAAACUGCAGGCCUCUCAGGUUUAUUAUCGGCUCGUUUCGGUGGUGCUGCUCAAGCUGGACGUAACAAGCUGGGAGAGAAAUGGAGGGUUUGGAUUUAACAAGCAGAUGGUGUGCUGCUGACUGCUGCGUGAAAAGGGGAACGCUGGUGUAUUUCUGAGAUCGAACUAAAGAUUUUCACACAUCAGUAAGCUAAGCGGCGGGCGUCUGGACGGAUCUCAGGCCAAAAGAAAAAAGUGACGACCCGACCUUCAACCAAGCGUGAAAACACCACCCCCUCACCCCCACACCCCUGAAGGACUCGGCGAGCGAAUGAGCCCUGUACAUGCGUCUCCCUGCCAACCGUCCCACACCGAGAUGAACUGUGAGCAGGACUUUGGGGAGGAGGGCCUUGGGGUCACGCUGACGCUCAGACUGCUCAUGCAUGGAAAGGAGGUGGGCAGCAUCAUCGGAAAGAAAGGGGAGACUGUGAAAAGAAUACGAGAGGAGAGUACGGCCCGGGUCAACAUCUCAGAGGGCUCGUGUCCCGAGAGGAUCAUCACCAUCACGGGCUCCACCGACAGCGUCUUCAGGGCCUUCACCAUGAUCACUUUCAAACUGGAGGAGGUGAUUACUGUUAUUAUUAUGGGAUGGAUUCAACCUUCAGCUCCCCUCUAGUAUGUAUUUUAUAUGUAUCAAUCAUGAGGGCAGAGUGGGUGUGCUCGCGGGGUUAGGGGGCCGUCCCAACACAGGGAUGGCUUUGGCCCAUGUUCGGUCGGAUGGUUUAUUACUUCAUUAUGUGUUUUUACUUCAUUCGGUGAUCGGAUUCCGGGAGAAAAAGACAGAAGUUUGUCGAACGCAUCUCGCCAGGUAGUGGAGGUGGGGCCCAGAGAAAGUGAUCAUCAGUGAUGGGAGCGAGGAGGGCUGUGCUCUCCUCUUUAUGGGAUCCCAUUUCCCUUCAUCCCAACGCCCCAUUACCACUAAUGUGCUUUUAUCCUCCCUGAUUGCCGUACUCCGGGGCGGAAGUAGAAAAUACCUUUCGCUGCGUAUGCAUUCCUUGAUGUGCUCUAUGAUGACACGGCGUAUGGAAGUGGAUGGAGUUGGGAGAUAUAUACGUUUUACCGGAGAUGUCGUAUAAUCACAUGCGAAUAACAUCAGACUCCGUCUGAAUGUGUGGUUUAGUGGUUACGCUGGAAGUCGCUGCAUCAGAUGAGGGAGGGGGGGGUUUAUAACGACAAAGCAGUUUAGAGAUGAAUUUGGAUCAGUGCUUGACUCUCCUUGCAGAAAGCAGCACAUUAUUAUAGGCUUUAAUGAUUAAAUCUGUUGAUGUUCUCCGUCUCCCAAUCCCGCGUUUUCCCUCUCAUACGCCGCGAUCCCCACAGUGAUUCCACAACCGCCACAAAUUAAAUAUGAAGAUGAAAGCAGGCGCCAUCGUCAGAGCGCCGUGGCAAAUGGCCGGGGUACGGGGAAGGAAAUACCCUUCCCCGUACCCUGUCUGUUUGGCGCUCCUUAAACACACGCAGGCCGGAGUGCCGAGAGGCCUUCAUUAAGAUCUCACAAAACGCUCACCACCCCCCAGCCUCACCUUCCGUUGUAACUCUCGGGGUUGUCAUGGCAACAUGUCAGCGCACCAACUGCGCGUGGCGCUGCACGUAGCGAUGUAUGUCGGACAUCUUUAAUGAAGCAAGCGCUACCGCUGCCAUGUCCACUCUGGCCGUCGGUCCACUGCUUGUUGCACGCAAAGCAUCUUUUUUUUCUUCUCCUUUUUUCUCUCUGCACGCGAUAUAUUAUCACGGACCGGGGGGGCUUAGAGUGGCUGUCUCUGGGCUACUUUGGUGUACUUUGUUAUUUCACGUCUUGGCAAAUCGCUAUCAUUGAUUCAGGCAGCCCACCGUGAACUUAGUUAAUUGCGUCGUUGAGGCGGUUUGAAAAUUCAGCGUAAAAUAGGCCAAUAAUGCGCAGGUGUUGUGUUCUGGUAGCAAUUAAAAAGACCUGUACCAUGCCCCAUGUACACAGGUCUUAUCACACGCUCAACACAACAGACACUGAAGAUUUAGAGAAAGACCUUCCUUUCUGUUAUGGGUGCUUGCAUCACCUCAGGGUCCAAUUUCCCCAUAGAUUUGCUUUGCUUUUUUGUGUCUCUUUGUCUUGUGACAACGGCACGGGAAAGCCACACGGGAUAAGAUCCACGCUUGCUUAGAAGAGCCGCGUAUUUUGAGAUCAAAUCUUGCCAGAGUGUGCCCAGAGCACUGCGAUGCUCUGCGAGAUACAAUAAGACAAGGCAUACGAGACGCCUAAUCAGGCCCUCCACUAAAUAUAGACACUCAACAGAGAGCUACAUCAGAGGCUGCAUCAUAGACACGCUGCUUAGCAUUCAAAUGCCGAAACUUACUGGAGAGAUAUGUUUUCACCUACAUGUCAAAUUAAAUCCCGACCGGGGGGUAAGGGAAAAGAAAAACAAUGCACCGCACUCUUUGUCUGGGGUCUAUUCUCUAUUUUGGCACGCUGUUCUCAAUGAUCUCAGUCACAUUGCUUUUAAAAAGCGUGCGCCUAGCUUUUGGUCCUGUGCUCAUAUUCAGGCCACGGAGGUGCUCUCUCUGCCCUGACGGGCGGAGAGAAAGUGAGAUGAAUUUGCACUUCAAAGGAUGUGUCACGCACCGUGUUGAUUCAUUAAGAGUUCAGACUCCGCCCAUGGCGCAGGCUAGAGGGCUCCGCACCACCUGCAAAGUCAGAAUCCAACACACACGCGGUCGGGUGAGAACCUGGUGACCUCAUUCACAGCCGCGUGCCCGCCUGUGUCCCCUUGUAUCCAGAGGACUGUUCACUGGAAACCGCUCACAAUGGCCAGGUUUUCAGAUCUUUUUCGGGGAUGGCAAUAUAUUAUGCAAUAAAAGGAAUAGUGACUAUUUGUAAAUUAACUGGACCACAGAUCAAGCAGAAAUAACUAGGUUUAUUGUUUAAAUGUCUUAUUUAAAAACAUUAAUAACAACGUAUCGAACGGAUUUUAAAAAUUCAUAAGGUCCCUGGAUGUCGAUGCUCGUUCAACGA